GUAUAAACGGCAUCAACAUUUUCCGUGUUAUUUAAUGCAAAAUAAAUAAAUAAAUACAUUGAAAACUAGAAUAGAUAUAAUUUUGAGACAAACAAAUUACUGAUUUAAAAAAAAUACAAAUCUACUGUCCUCGAUCACUGUCUUUUUCAGAAUCUUUUUCGUCUUUCCUCUGGUCAUUAUUAUUCAUUAUUAUGUAUAGUCACUCUCUCUUAACAUACACUCCAUUCAAUGUCGAAUUUGGCCUAACAACUUUAUUUUCCAGCUCAAAUGCGGCCUCUGACGACCACAUCCAAUCACCGUCAGCAGAGUGUUGCUGCCACCAUGUGGUUAAAUGACAAUCCUGCACAUGCACCCCUACUUAUGAUGAACUCCUUCCUUGUUGGCCUUAUAGUGUCGUCUUGUUCAGUAUUUGUUUUUUGCAAAACUUAAAGCUACAUAUCUAUCUACAUAAUGAGUAAAAUCUGGAAACUAAUAUAACCUUCUUUAAUAUCAAUGCUUUUAAUUGAAAUAAAACUCAAGAUUUAUACAUCAUUAACCAUAGCUUUAAAACCGGUUAAAAUUAAAUAAAUAGGUUCUCGUAGUAUUGUAAUUAAUUGUUUACACGUGAUGAUUUGAAACGUUUUUUACGUUACGUUGACAUUGUGUUCCAUUGAUCUCCAAUUGCUUCAAUUAUAAUAGCAGCACGUAGCGCCUCCUCAUUGGGUGAUGCUGGGGGAGGAGGACGAGACCAUUCAUCCAGCCAAUACUUCCACCGAAAAAAAAGACAACGGUUAUUCAGCAGCCGCAGGCCUUCCGAAUUAGGAUUACGAGGAGGAUUAUUGGUCCGUGUGCUGGAUUUAUGCGUUGAGGAUAACAAUCUGGCUAAUUUAAACUGGGAUUAGCCUUUAACUCGCUAAGUGAUCGCAGCCGAAUCACCCACUUACGGUCCCUGCAAGUAAACUGCCGAGCUGCCAUCAGGAUGCCAGGAUGAUUUUUCUAACGAUAUCUGCAAAAAACCGAAAUACAAACGAAGAUGCGGUUCCGAUUCGGUGUCAGGCUGGUUUUUAAUCCGUAGAUUAAAGUUAUCUGAUUUUUAGACAUUCAACAUGAUUUGGCUGCGGAGGCUGUUGCAGCCCAUGAUGCUGCUUAUUCAUUGCGGAUGGUGGGGGGUCGCGCCGAGUCCAACCGAUGAGGGAGCACUGAGGGCCGGACACGGUGAGCACGGAGAACCGGGGCAUCAGGAGCCGCACAAGGACUCCUACAGCACCUUCGCCUCCGAGUUCCUGGAGUCCAGAUAUCUGUCCGAUGACGGUUAUCCCUUUCCCACCGCUCCACCAGUGGAUCCAUUUGCCAAGAUCAAAGUCAGCGACUGUGGUGUCACCAAAGGCUGCAUCAGAUAUGGGAAGCCAGGCUGCGAUGCAGAGACGUGCGACUACUUCCUCAGCUACCGUCGUAUUGGCACAGAUGUUGAGUAUGAACUGAGUGCAGACACGGACGGUUGGGUGGCCGUGGGAUUUUCCUCUGACAAGAAAAUGGGAGGGGACGACGUGAUGGGCUGCGUGCACGAUGACAACGGUCGAGUGAGGAUUCAUCACUUCUACAACGUGGGCCAGUGGGCCAAGGAGAUUAAAAGAAAUCCAGCCAGAGAUGAAGAAGGCAUUUUUGAGAACAACAGAGUCACCUGUCGUUUCAAACGGCCACUGUACGUCCCCAGAGAGGAAACACUCGUGGACCUGCACCUGUCCUGGUAUUACCUGUUUGCAUGGGGUCCAGCCAUUCAAGGUUCCAUCACCAGACACGACAUUGACAGUCCCCCAGUCAGUGAUCACAUGAUCAGCAUCUAUAAAUAUGAAGACAUCUUCAUGCCCUCGGCAGCCUACCAGACCUUCAACUCUCCCAUCUGCUUACUGCUCAUUGUAGCGCUGACGUUCUACCUCCUCAUGGGAACGCCGUAACCAAGCACAGCAGAACACAGACUGACGAACAUAUGCCAAUACAAGUUUACUUACUUCUCAGAUGCCAUUGAAGUGUGCAGUAAUGCUCACAGUAUUAGACAUAUAUAAAUAUAUCAACAUGUUUUCAUACAGCAGCCUGAACCUAAAUGAGGAGCUAAUUAACCUCAUGGUGGUUUAAUAAAAGAUAACAACAGAGAAAGUAUAUAAAGUCUUUUAGGUGUUUAUGAUAGCUUCCAUGUAUUAAGAUGAUAAGAGAAAUGCACAAGUUUUUUUUUAAACAUUGCAUGCAAUAAAAAAAAGUCUGGGAUUAGAAGAUAGCAAUUUCUCAUGGACUUUGCUAAAAAUAAUUAAAAAUAAUUUACCCAGCAUAGACGCAGCUCACAUUCACACUCCUUCUGUCCCUGCGGUCAGUUUUCACAGAAGAACUUUGUGUGUUUAUAGUUUUGUCCACCUCAAAUAUGACAACUAUGUUUGAAAAACGGGAUAUUUUGUAAUUUUUUGGGGGGCCUAGUACGUCAAUGAAUCCCACGAAUAUAAAAACAACAAUGGCCGCUGGGUUGUUCGAAAAUGCUGCACUGUUACUAAUAAUUAAGGAAAUGAUUGCCUCUGUGCACAACACGGUGCAGGAACAAAC